AUGACAACCCGCCGCCGUCCCAUCGCACCCAUAACGGAACUGGAACACUCGGCCUUCUGCAAGACCGAGGACGAACUGCCUGCAAAGCCCCUGGCCGAGGAACUCAGCGUCAAUGUUCGCUGGCAACAGAUUCCCACCGAAUACCUUCACUACACCGCCGACGAGCUGGAUGAACGCAUACACACGGUCCGGCAGAAGCUGGGUACGUCGGUCACAGUCCUGGGCCACCACUACCAACGGGAAGAAGUGAUCAAGUACGCCGAUUUCCAGGGAGACUCGUUCCUUCUUUCCCAGCAGGCGGCCAGCAAGCCGGAGGCCGACUUCAUCAUCUUCUGCGGCGUGCACUUCAUGGCCGAGACCGCGUGCAUACUGGCUGGGGAGCACCAACGGGUGAUCCUGCCCAACAUCACCGCCGGCUGCUCGAUGGCCGACAUGGCGCCGAUGGAGGAUGUGGAUGACGCCUGGGAAGACCUGAUGGAGGUCUUAGGAGAAGGGGAAAUCGUCCCGGUCACCUACAUGAACUCCAUCGCCGGCAUCAAGGCCCUUUGUGGACGCAACGACGGAGCGGUCUGCACCUCUUCCAACGCAGACGCGGUGCUGAAGUGGGCGUUUGAACAGGGCAAACGGGUGCUGUUCCUGCCGGACCAGCACCUGGGCCGCAACACCGCACUGAAGAUGGGUGUGCCGCUGGACGAGAUGGUGGUAUGGAACCCGUUCCGAUCCAUGGGCGGCAACACACCAGAGCAGCUGCGCCGCGCCAAGAUGGUGCUGUGGCAGGGCCACUGCUCGGUGCAUACCCGCUUCACGGUCAGGCAGAUCGAGAUGGCCCGCCAGCGAUUCCCAGACGUCAACGUGCUGGUGCAUCCCGAGUGCGUGAUGGAGACAGUGCAGGCUGCCGACCUGGUGGGCUCAACGGAGUUCAUCCGCAACCAGAUCAACAAUGCCCCAGCUGGAAGCGUCUGGGCAGUUGGCACGAGAUCAGCUUGGUGA